CCUGAUUUACAGACAGCAGGGAAUGGUAAAAUCUACAUAUCUACAGGAUCCCCACAGGAAGGUAGAAGAGGGCUAACGUGCUUGCUAGUUUACUGUGCUUGCUAGUUUACCAUUUGCAGGGCUAUUUAGAGCACGAUAAAAAGCUUCAAAUCUCUAAUCCAACCAGCCAGAGGAGCACUUGAUUCGCCCAAGACCGUAUUGCUCGCUUUUGAAAUAUUACCCGGGCUCUGAGCUACAAAGCCACAGAUCCAGCCCCGUUUGUCUGGCGAGGGCGCUGCCCCAGACCCGGCUCUCGCUGCUCACAGUUCAGCCUGAGAGGAACCCUAGGGUUUAACACUCAAGGGCCAAACUGGAGCAUCUCACAGCCCUACAACUUCUUUGCGUCGCUUGGUCUGUCUUUGCGUUCCGGGAGCAGGAUCGGUGUGUUUCUCAGGCACUGGCCGAAGGCCACCGGAAUGUUCAGGAGUCUCCUGUUCCUGGAAGAGGGUGGUUUCGUUCGACUCGAAAAGAAACGGAUGUUGAAACAUUUGUAGCAGACAUACUGAAAGGAGAAAAUUUAUCCAAGAAAGCAAAGGAAAAGAGAGAAUCCCUUAUUAAGAAGAUAAAAGAUGUUAAUUCUGUCUAUCUUCAGGAAUUUCAAGACAAAGGUGAUACAGAAGAUGGGGACGAAUAUGAUGACCCUUUUGCUGGGCCUCCAGACACUAUUUCAUUAGCUUCAGAACGAUAUGAUAAAGAUGAUGAAGCCCCCUCCGAUGGACUCCAAUUUCCUCCAGUUGCAGCACAGGACCUUCCUUUUGUUCUAAAGGCUGGUUACCUCGAAAAACGCAGAAAAGAUCACAGCUUUCUGGGAUUUGAAUGGCAGAAACGGUGGUGUGCUCUCAGUAAAACGGUCUUCUAUUAUUAUGGAAGCGACAAAGACAAGCAACAGAAAGGUGAAUUCGCAAUAGAUGGCUACAGUGUCAGAAUGAAUAACACUCUAAGAAAGGAUGGGAAGAAAGAUUGCUGUUUUGAAAUCUCUGCUCCUGAUAAACGUAUAUAUCAGUUUACAGCCGCUUCUCCCAAAGAUGCCGAGGAAUGGGUACAGCAGCUGAAAUUUGUAUUGCAAGAUAUGGAAUCUGAUAUUAUUCCUGAGGAUUAUGAUGAGAGAGGAGACUUAUAUGAUGAUGUUGAUCAUCCUCUACCAAUAAACAAUCCACCAACAAGCAGUCAACCAAUAGAUGAUGAAAUUUAUGAAGAACUUCCAGAAGAAGAAGAAGACAGCAGUGCUCCUGUGAAAGUGGAAGAACAAAGGAAGAUGAGUCAGGACAGUGCUCAUCACACCUCAGGGGAUAAGAGCACUGAUUAUGCUAAUUUUUACCAGGGUCUGUGGGAUUGUACUGGAGCUUUUUCUGAUGAGUUGUCAUUUAAGCGUGGUGAUGUGAUUUACAUUCUUAGCAAGGAAUACAAUAGAUAUGGCUGGUGGGUAGGAGAAAUGAAGGGAGCCAUUGGCUUGGUGCCUAAAGCCUACAUAAUGGAGAUGUAUGAUAUUUGAGAGUCCUGGAAAAGGAAGAUUCUUCUGCUUGUCUGCAAAUGCUUUGGAUUUAGAAGCAUCAUAAAGCACUGAGACAGCUCCUAACUUCUCUUUGUUUUGUUAAAUAUCACUUGUCUUUGACUGUUACUUUAUGCAGUCACUCAUUAAAAUAUUCCUCUGAUGUGAAAUUAAAUGAAGGGUAUUAAUGUAAAUUUGAUGCAAGCAGUAAAGUUAUACCUGUUGCUAUUUUGCAAAGAAAUAAUUAUAGUUUUUAUUUACCCAUUUGAUUUGUGUGAAGAAUUCAUCACUAUUUUAUAGGUACUAUAUAGUCUACUAUAGUAUAGUAGUCUACUAUUGCUACUUCUGAGUUGUAAUGUUUCUUAAUCAUUGGACCUAAGUUAGUUUUAGAGUGUAAUAUAUAAUUUCAUGGCAUUUUAAAUUUAAUAUAUCACACAAGUAUUUUUGGUAGAUGCUAAAGAAUGUGGUUGCUAAACAAAGAAUGCCAAAGAAUGUUCAAGCUUUUAGAUAAUUUAUUGUUAGUAUUUAUUUUCACACAAUAGUAACAUGUUUUUAUAAAAGAAGUUUGACAGAUUGGCACAUGUACGUCCUAUUAAAUAUAGCCACAAGAAAGAAAAAAUGAUAGAGUUGCAAAUAGCAGUGUGCUGUCACCUGCCACACAAGUGCAUACCAGAAGUAUGAUUUGUGCAAAGCAUUUUACCAUACAAAUAUCCUGGUUUGAUGAUGGGCCUGGCAACAUUUUCUACUGUACUUUUGUUAAAAUUUAAUCAAACAAAAAAAUUCGUAUGAACCUCCAUCCUACCACUCACAAAAUGGUAUAAAGAAUCUCCCAGCCUGGUCAACAUGGUGAAACCCUGUCUCUUCUAAAAAUACAAAAAAAUUAGCUGGGCUUGGUGGCGCACCUGUAGUCCCAGCCAGUCAGGAGGCUAAGGCACGAGAAUCGUUUUAACACAGAAGGCAAAGGUUGCAGUGAGCUAAGAUCGCACCACUGCACUCCAGCCUGGAUGACAGAGCGAGACUCCAUCUCAAAAAAAAAAAAAAGAAGAAUCUCAACGUAUUCUCAAAGUAAAAAGGCAUAACCAAACACACUCUUAUCCUGCCUUAUUCCUAUACUAUUUAUGUCCCACCACAGAAUAGCAGAUCUGAGUCUUUUCUAUAUAUUUCUCAGAGCACUGAAAAGAAAAGAAAUGUUUGGAGAGGAGAGUGUAGAAAUCCCAACAGUAGCAUGUACCAAGAGGUGAGUAGAAAGGUAGUGUUAGCCUGACAUUAUACUCUGUGCGCCUGAACAAGAUUUGUAGAAUCAUAUAUAUAAUUUGCCUUUUCAUGUAUAUUUGAAAUCAGAGGUAUUUAAAAUGCCUGUAAGAUACCAAUAUAGCCUUAAUAUAUGUCAAAAUGCAUUGCUGACUGGAUAAUUAUUUGGAAUACACAUAAUCUCCUAAUAUUGAAUAAUUACUUGUCAGGUAUUAUCUUUAUGGAACUUUUCAAUGUCUUUGCUUUAUGAAGAUUCUAACCAUGCAUUUGAACUGGUAAUAUUUUAAAAUCUCCAUUAUUUAUGUAAAACUGUUUACAAGCAGUGUUUGAGAAGGUCUGUUUUACCAUUAUCCCCUCAAUAUCAUGAUCAUCCAAUCUCAAAUGUAAAAAAUGAAAAAAAGAAAUUUGACAUUAGGGAUUGUGAGUAAACAAAUUUAUAUAUAUAGACAUUGUGAAGUUAAAGUUUUCAAAAAUUACAUUUGUGCAGUUGUUACUUUUUCCACACAGUGUCACUGAAAUAGACUGAAAUAAUCUUGGCAUAAGUUAGACAACCAAAGAUGAAUUUAGCGGACUGGUUUGAGCAGCUGAAAAGCCAAAGCCGUUGUGUUUCCAAUGACAAGGCAGCCUUUGUGGGUUUGGGUUUGUGGUUCAGGCUGAAAAGAAAUUUUUAUUCCUAAGCCAGUAGAUGGCAGCAGCUUUUCACUGCAGACAAAACCACUUGAAACCCCUCCCCCACGGCACAAACUCGCCCGUGAUGGAAAACGUUUAGGUUUCUGCCUCCUUUUACAGUUAAUCCAGGAGAGGGAGUCCUUUGCCAACUGAUGACCAAAUAUUCCAAGCCAGAUAGUCUCGUCAACAGUGACAGUACAGAAAAAAGGUGUUAUUUCUAUCCAGAACUCCUCUGGCUUUGUUCUUUUUAAACUGGAAUAUAGGUGGGAGACAUAAGAAACAAGACUUCAAACUGGAGUGACAGGAUAAAUAAUCAUUACUUUCAAUUCAUGACUGCUCUAUAUUCAUUUGAUGAAAUCAUUUGUAUACAACUAGGGAGAAAGUUUUCUUUACACCCUUGACAAUACAUCACAUACACUUCAAGAUCAUAAUAAUAUCAUUAAUAUGAAUUUAAACAACAUGGCUUGUUAGAAAAUAUGCUAAUUGCUAUGUUCUCAUUAUGUUUGCUUAGCUUUUAUUUGUUUUUCUAUGAACAGUUAGAGAGCUAAUUUUUUUCAAAGGUGAUUGUAAGUCAUAUUUUAUAUAGCAUUUUGCUUGAUUAUUUGCUCUGUACUGAAUUUGUACUCUAUUGCCAUUAGAUCUUACAAUAAUGUUCCACUCUGCAAAUUUUUAAGGUUCAAAUAAAGUUUAAUUGUUUGCAAACUGU